AACACCCACACAAACCCAAUCAGCCCCCCAUUCUGAGUGUCUGUGAACCGUUGGAGGAGAAAUUUUCCUCAUUUUCCAUGCGCACCCAAUUUCCACGACUCCUCCUUCAACACUUCGGUCUCGGCGAUUGCUAAAGUGCUUUUAGUUUUUCAUCGCUCCUCGACAUGUCUUUUCCCACUUUAUCACACAAAUUUGGAGUAAAUUUCAUUUUCCAUUUUUAGCCCCCCAAAAUAUACAAACAAAUCAUACCAAACAAUUUUGUCCUCAGUUCUGUGUCCAUUUACUCCGUUGAAAAGAAUAAUAAAUUUUUAGUGAUUAAUUUGGUGGAUUGAUUAAGUGAUGAAGGCAGUUUAUUCUGUCAAAUUGUGAAUAAAUUUCUUGUGGAAACAGGAAACGCAAAAGCACCAGAUUUUCAUCUGUUUAGCAAAUAUUUUGCAAAUUCUAACGUGGAAUUUGAUGUAAACUGCAGUUUGUUUAUAUUAAAUCGCUAUAAAUUUAGAAUUUGAGUGCGUGAAGUUUUCGCUUUUUGGGAAAUUCACAACAAAGUGCUCCUCAUUAGCACAUUUGGACAGAUUUUUUCUCCUAAAAUUCAUAAAAUUACUCAAAAAAAAAUUCGUCCUAAAUAGCAAGUGCAGAUUUUUCAAUCAAAACAUAUCUUAAGGCUUAAUCAAAAAAUAAAUAAACCAAAAAAAAAAACAUAAGAAAAUAUCCCAUAUUGAAAAAAAAACAUUGAUUGGAAGGGAAAAGUUCAACCUUCUGCAGUGAAUUUCUGCGGUUUUAUUUUGGAUGAUCCAUUAACCCAAUUUCUGGUUAUUUACCUCACAAUGUUUAAAUCGAUACAUGUUGUGUUUUAAAAGAACUCUUGUGCGAAUGAAGUAAAAGGUCGUGUAGGAUGAUGUGAAAAUUGCAUAUCGCAGAAAGAAGGAAUAGAAACUAAAUCAGACUUAGUAGAAAAUGAGCUACAAGAGUAACUACAAUCCAGAAGAGAAGAUCAUCUUGGCCAGGGAUGAUGCCAAGGAUCGGCUGUAUGAGCCAAAGCCCAAUAAAAAGGCCAUAAGGAUUCUAACAGUGGCUGCUUAUGUCCUAUGCGUCUCUCUAGCAGCUAUAAUGCUCUCCCUGUAUUACAUAUUCCUCUGGGAUCCCUCCAUAAAGCCCUCCAUGUACACAAAAGUCACCAAUUGCGAUAAAAACAUCAUCCCCGAACAUGUGGCCAUAAAAUUAGUAAAUUCAACUGAAGUCUCACCUGAGCAGUUCUUCAAGAUCUUCCUCAAGCGCUACCAGGCUCAGCUACAGCAGCAGCAGUCCUCGGAUGUUGAUUUCUUGGACACGGAGUUCAAGAACAUCCCCAUCAGAACCACCAAAACUGCCGAGGUUCCGAGGAACUACACGGAAAGCGAUGAUUCUGAGGGGGAUGACGAUGUAGAAUCCAGUGGUCAGAAUGAUUUGGGCUAUACUCACAUUUCCAAUGACUCAGUUGUUCUCCUGGAUCAGGACAAUGUCAUCACAAACACUUAUUGAGAACGAACUAAGAGCCUAUUUUUUCACAAAAGAAAGAGGAGGGAAGGAAAACGUUUAGGAUUAGAGGAAAAAUGUUGCAAGGUAUUAGGAAAUUUAGUGAUAGGAAAAUUGAUUUGAGGAUUAAGGAAAGUUUAGGAAACCAAAGAUUUUUCUAAAGAAUUUGCAGAGCUAUUAAUAAGCGUCUUAAGG